AUGGAAGUCAAGAGGAGCGGCGGCAGCUUCAGACACAUGGCUAAGAAGAAGAAGGAGAAUAUUGAUGUCAUUCUCACAACAUAUAAUAUGAUCUCAUCGAAGCAUGAUGACAAGAAGUUCUUUAAGAACUUCAGUAUUCAUUAUGUUGUUUACGACGAGGGUCAUAUGCUCAAGAACUGUGGUACGGAUCGCUAUCGGAAUCUUAUGAAAGUUAAGGGUAAGCGAAAGGUGCUCAUGACAGGAACUCCCUUGCAAAAUAACCUUAUCGAAUUAAUAUCCUUGAUGUAUUUUGUGAUGACUCACAUUUUCACGAAGUAUUGUGAGGAUAUCGCUCAACUUUUGCAACAUUUCAAACAGCAAGGUCCUGCUCUUGAGUCAGGUUCAUGUUCCAUGUAUCAAAAGGAUAGGAUAGAGCAGGCAAAGUUGAUUUUGCAGCCGUACAUGCUCAGAAGACUGAAGACUCAGGUAUCUGAUUACUGUUUUAUACCACUUGCCAGAGAAACACGAAGAAGUUAUAGAAGUGUGGAAAUGUUGGAAAAUCAAAAAGAGUUAUAUGAAAAUGUAUUAGAUAGUGUUCGAGGUGUAGACGGGGACACAAACAAUGCUUAUGGAGCUCUGAUGCGUUUGAGACAAGCAGCAAAUCAUCCACUACUGAGACGGGUUCAAUAUUACGGAUUCGUUGCUGGACAAGCUGGCGAAAACUCUAUGAGAAGCCAUACGAGAAGAAAAAGUGGGAAGACGUUGCCAGAAGAUCUGUCCUAUCAGUCUGAUUUCCAAAUUCAUCAAAUAUGUGAAAAGUUUCGUAGCACGAAGAAAUUUUUGCUCUGCGAAGAUUUGGCACUCGAGUCAGGAAAGUGUCAAGGAGAUAAAGUGCUGAUAUUCUCGCAAUUCACUUCAAUGCUUGACAUUCUCGAGGUGUACUUGCGCAUUCGACAAUAUUCAUUCAGACGGUUGGACGGCUCGACACCAGUGAUGGAUAGACAAGAGAUGAUCAACGAGUUCAACAAUGAUCCGGAACUUUGUGUAUUUCUUCUAUCAACCCGUGCGGGAGGUUUGGGCAUCAACCUGACAUCAGCAAAUCACAUAAUUCUUCAUGACAUCGAUUUCAAUCCAUAUAAUGACAAGCAGGUAGUUGAUUGA